GGUAUGUCGGUAUGUCGACUAUCCUUGUGCCGAGCAGAAAAGUGACUGAAAAUGACUACUGUAAAUACUACCGUCGAAUGUAUAGUGUUUCCUGAAGCAGAACCUGAAGUUUCAGGUUCAGACAGUUCAGGGACAGACAGUGGGGAUUAUUCUGUACUGUCUGAAGAGGGGACUGUUUUUCCUGGCCCUCUUAUGAGCAAUGAGAUGCCGAAGGAGGACCUGAUAGGGUUUAUCCAGGCCCAAGCACACUACUGUUAUGAAAAAAUUGAUGAACACGACCAAGUGGAGGCUUAUUUCUUCUGGCAGAUAAUGGAAUUGUUCUGCUGUGAAAAUGGAAACGUGAUGAUGUGUGAAGUCGCUACAAUCAUCUUCCAGGUCUACAGCUGGCUUAGGAAGAAACAACCAAAAUGCAAAGGUGGUAACAGAUGGAAGGAAUGGUGUCUUCCUCUGGCAGAACUUUUGUCCUCCUCUGCACCAGAUGAUGAGCACAGAGAGGCUCUGAUUAAGAUGGGAGAUGAUCUUGCCUCCAGAAGAUGGACCUAUGCAGCACAUCUCUGCUACGUUGUGGCAAAAGUGGAGCUGGGGUCACGUAGUCAGUUUGAACUGAUCGGAUGUGACAGCAUGCCAUUUGGACUGAAAGUCCUGUUUAAAGCUUCUGUGAGAACCGAGACAUAUGAAUAUGUGCUGUCGCUGACCUCAGGGCUGGCCCAGUCAAGCUUCCAGAGCUGGAAGUUGUGUCAGACCAGCAGGCUGGCCAUUGAUGAUUUUACUGAUCAAGCCUUUAAAUACUGUGAGACCAUUGCUAGGGCAACCUUCACUUUCCCCGACAGAAUCAAAAGGAGCUUUGUAGAACGGCUUAUUUUGCUGUCUUGCAAACAGCUAGAUGAGAAGACAGAAGAACCUGAGUGGCUGGUAGAGCUCCGGCAGCUGCACAGAACUAAAUUAGAAAAUGCUUAUGGUGACCAAGAGCAGCACAUGCCAUCUACCAGCCAUGACGUGGUUUCUGAGAUUCAGGACUCAGAGUCGCCUGUUCCCUCUCUCGCCUGUUCCCUGAGGACAGGCGAGAUCCCCACUUUCCAGUCCCCUGAUCUGGAGCAGCACACUGACCCAGAGGCUCUGUUUCAAUCGCGGUACACCUUGGGAAAGCUGCUGGGGCAGGGAGGCUUCGGCUUUGUCUAUGAAGGAGUCCGGACUGAAGAUGGGAAAGAGGUUGCCAUUAAAUUUAUUCAGAAGGACAAGAACGAAACCAUAACCAUUCCUGGAGAGACACAGGAGCUGCCUGUAGAGGUGGCACUAAUGAAGAUGGUGUCCAGGCCACCUCGCUGUAGCAAUGUGGUGGAGCUUUUGGAGUGGUUUGACCUAGCCAAUGAGUGCAUCAUGGUCCUGGAAUGGCCCAGCCCCUGUAUGGACCUCUUUAAUUUCACUAAACUUCAGGACGGCCGCCUGUCUGAAGCACAGGCUCGAGACGUCAUUCUGCAGGUGAUUCGGGCAGCUCGUCACUGCUGUGACCGUGGAGUGUUACACCGUGACAUCAAGGAACAGAACCUUCUCAUCAACACCGAUACCUUGGAAGUCAAACUGAUCGAUUUUGGCUGUGGAGAUCUGCUGAAGGACACCCCCUACAGAGAAUAUGCAGGCACUCUGUUCCUUGUACCUCCUGAGUGGGUGAUGGAUGCAGAGUACAUGGGCAUUCCUGCUACUAUCUGGGGUCUGGGCAUAUUCUUGUUCAUUUUGCUCUGUGGAGACUGCCCCUUUGACUUAGAUGAGGACAUUUUUGAUGCACAGCUGGAAUUAUGUCCUGACAUGUCUCCAGAGUGCUUUGAUCUGAUAAUGUGGUGCCUGGAGUUCAACCCUGAAAUGCGGCCGUCUUUUGACGACUUGGUCAGGCACGAGUGGUUUACGGAGGCAGUUCAGGACAAAAUCCAGAUUCCUCCUGAAACCAAAGAUCGUGUACAGUAACUACUGCCUGACACACACACACACACACACACACACACACACACACACACACAUGCACCCACAAUUAUAUAUGUAAAAAAAAUUAUUCAGUAUUUAAACCUUAAGAAAUGGUUAUAACUGAUAGUUCAUAUUAACAAAUUAUUUAUUAGCGACGUCUGCUGCAAAUAUCAACAGCAUAUACAAAGCUUUUCCAUAUACAAAUAUAGAAAAAAUAUAUACAACAAAUAUGCAGAAUAAACAAAAAUUUAUACAACAAAUAUAUAGAACAGACAAACUAUAUUUGCGACAAAUAUACGGAAUAGACAAAAAACAUAUACAACAAAUAUACAUAAUUGACAAAAAAUAUAUACAACAAAUAUACAGAAUAGAUACAAACCAUAUACAACAAAUAUACAGUGUAUACAAAUACACAGCACUGGUUAAGCUUCAUACAACAGAUACUACUUGUAUCGUUUUAAGGGCAGCAUAACACACUCGGAGGAAAGUGCUAGUGUCAUCGUAGUGAUUAGAAUAAUAAUAAUAAUAAUAAUAAUAAUAAUAAUAAUAAUAAACUUUCUUUUAUAAAGGGCUUUUAAAAGCAGCUUCUCAAAGUGCUGUACACAAAAUAAGCAGUACACAGAAAAAUAAAACUUAUAAAAGUUAAUAAGAAUAACAACUUUAAUAAUAAUAAAAGUAGCCAUCAGCAGUCAAAUACAAGUUUAAAAAAGUGUGUCUUAAGUUGAGUUUUAAAAAUGCCAAAAGGUCUGAGCUUCCCUGAGUUCAGGAGGAAGAGAGUUCCAAAGUGAAGGAGCAUAGACAGAAAAAGCCCUGUCACCCAUAGAUUUUAAACCUGUUUGUGGAAUAGUUAACAGAUUACACUGUGAGGAGUGCAGUCUGCGAUUUGGGGUGUAUGGGAUUAAUAAACCAGAUAAGUAAUGAGGAGCCCAGCCAUGUAAUGCCUUAUAUGUCAACAUCUUAUCUGAUCUUAAAAUCGACAUGGAGCCUGACCAGGAGCCAGUGCAAGGACUCCAAAACAGGAGUAAUAUGUUCAUAUUUCCUGGUCCCAGUCAGGAUACUGGCGGCAGAGUUUUGUACAUAUCGCAUUUUGUUGAUUGUGGAUUUAGAAACUCCGGCUAAAGCGGCAUUACAGUAAUCCAACCGAGUGACAACAGAAGAGUUUAUCAGCUUUUCAGCCACAUAGAAGUUUAGCAUAGGGCACAGUCUAGUUAUAUUUCUGAUGUGAAAUAAGGAUGCUUUAACAGUGCUCUGGACAAAAAAAAUCAAAUGUAAGGCUGGUAUUGAAAAUUACUCCAAGGUUCCUCAUUUUGAGUCUCUAGAACAGAGACAGUGGACCAUCACUGAGAAUUUGAUAUUGGGAACCAAUAAGCAUAAUUUCAGUUUUCCCUCUAUUCAGGCACAGAAAGUUAUUAUUCAUCCAUGCUUUUAUCUCAGAAAUACAGUCAGAAAGAAAACAAACAAAGGUUUUCACCAGAUUUUGAGUGAAUGCAGAUUUGGGUAUCGUCAGCAUAAAAGUGAUAAUGGAGGCCGAGCGAUCGCAGCAGAUGCCCAAGGAGAGACAUAUAAAUAUUGAAGAGUAGAGGGCCUAAAACUGAACUUUGAGGAACACCAGUGAGCACAGAGCUAGUGUCAGACUUGUAACCACUCAUAGAAAUAAACUGGGAACAGUCAGUAAAAUAGGAUUUAAACCAGUUUAAAACUGCCAGACAGACCAAAAACACUUUCAGGGUUAAGUAAAAGACCAUGAUCCACAGUACUGAAAGCAGCUCUAAGAUCAAGAAGAAUAAGAAUGGAAGUAGCUCCAGAAUCAGAGGCCAUCAACAAGUCAUUGGUAACUUUGACCAACGUCGUUUCAGUACUGUGAAAUUUUACGAAAACCUGACUGAAGGAGUUCAAAGAGGUUAUUAAUUGUCAUAUGAUUACACAAUUGAGAGGCAACAACACGCUCAAGCAUUUUUUGCCAAAACGGAAUGAAACGAGCCAUUUGCUAUAUUUUGAUUGUUUACAAUAGCCUGAGAGAAGUAAGACGAUCCCUCAAUCUCCAUUAAUGCGCUGUAAUCACCCAGAAGUUCCAUCCACGCUUGAUAGUAGAUAUUCAAGCUGGUAAGGCGCCAUUUGCGCUCCAUUUUCUGACAAGCAGCCUUUCUAGAGCGUAAAAUGUCAUUAUACGAGGGAGCAGUGCAGGCGAAUGUGACCUUAGGGGAGCAAAAGAGUCUAGGUUAGUAGCAAGAACAAAAUUUAACUGCAGAACUUUCUCCUCCAGUGAUGAGGGAUGCAGAUCGUUUAAGGUGGAAACAACAGAAUUAGAGAAAACUGUCUGAAGGUUACUGUUAGGAUAGUAGGCUCACUUGGAUGAUACAGUUCCAGGUUAAAAAAGACAGCUGAAUGGUCUGACAGUCCAACGUCAACAGAUGAAAACUGCGAUACGAACGAGCCGUUUGCAAUCACAAGAUCCAGGGUAUGGCCCUUGUUAUGAGUCGGGUCAGUUACAAACUGUGUGAAGGUAAAACAAUCAAGUAACGACAGAAAUUCCUUAGCACAGAGUCACUCCGGUCAUUCAAGUCUCCCAAAAUUAGAAUUCUGUCAAACUUCAUUCUCAACGUUGACAGCAAACUCUGACAUAGAAGCAGCCUGCAUCCUUAACCUUAGGUGGUUUACAGACUUUAGCAAUGAUGGUAGAUAUAGGAGCAGAGAUACUCAAGACCAGGCAUUGAAAUGAUGAAAACUGGGGAACUGAUACAGAGCUUAUGUUGAGCUUCAGGUUGUAAACUACAAUAAUGCCUCCACCUCUACCAAAUAACCUAGGGACGUCAAAUACUCCAAAGCCCGCUGGAGUGAUCUGGUUAAACAGGAGUCCAUCAUUUUCUUUAUACCAGGUUUCAGUUAAAAACAACAAGUCCAGCUUUUUAUCUAUAAGGAAAUCUGAUAAAAGCAGCGCCUUGUUAUUCACGGGCCGCGCAUCGAAUAAUGCGGCAUAGGCCAGGCACUCAAACAGAGACGACAGUGGUUUAAUCUCCACACGGGGAACCUAUAUUAAAUUACUGUGAUCAACACCAGUAUGGAGCAGUUUGUUGGUCUUACGUCGACAGGUAGGGACAAAGAUGUUAGGAGAGGAUGAGACAGCAAAACUGGGCCUCAAACCCCGAUGGAUAUAUGGUUUAGGAUGUAGCAAUCCAGUGUCUCAACAGAGUUUGUAAGAGUCUUUGGCUAGACAAUAAGAGCUCUGCUUUAAAUUCAGAAGCUGGCAUGUAGUAUACCUUAAGGCCAUGGUCAUUGAGUGCACACCCACAAGGCCAACUCGUUGAUACUCCGAAGUGCCCUGUGAGCACAAAGACGUACAAUCCUCACACGCAGUCGGACUGAGGCUUUGAUUCCCCGUUGCACGCUGCAAGUUAUUCCAGGUGGAACACAGAAAUAAAAACAACAGUCCAAAGUAUAUAAAAAGACACCACCACAUCGCAACCGUAGGGGCACUGAAAACAAUAUAACUUAAUUAAAUAAACAAACAAAACGGUGACAGGAGUGGCAGCAAAACACGCCAGCGUACCCUGGCAACUGGAACCAGAAGCCAACAAACUGGAAAAAUGUGGAAAAAUCUACAAGUUGUAAAGUUUGAGUUGGAAUAGUUUGCAAGGGUGCGAGUUUAAUCCUUGUGAGGGAAAUUACUCAUUUUUACUUUGUAAUAAGUUUGUUCUUGUUCUGUUUCAUUCUCAUGUGAGGAUAACUCCAAAGAAGGCCAUGUCAUGUCACUAUCAGUACAGAAUGUUUAUCUGCUAUGUUCUUCUGUUCAAGGUUCGUCUAAACAUCUUCCAAGAUCCUAAAACAAAGCCUGUUUGAACUGCCUCAAACUGCUUCAUAUCGGUACACAGAAUUAUGUCAUGCUCUGCGUUUCAUAUAUAUAGUAGUAGUUUAGUACAAGGGCUUCCGAGAGCUCUCAUUAUUCUAUUAUGCUUUAUUCU